AGAAUGUCAGAAGACAUUGCAGAAAUUGAAAAGGAAAUAGAAACUGAACUAAGCAGAAUCAGUGUUUCUUCCUGUGAAGCAGAUGAUCCAGACACAGAGGUAGCAGACGAAGCUCUGAGUGACAGUGAAGCAAUUUCAGAAGACUUGCCAGAGUCAGUUCUCUCCUAUUUAAACUUUAUAAAGAGCAGAAGUCAAGAUGCUGAAAGGCUUAUAUUUCAAGACUUAGAAGAUGAAGAAACAGCAAGUAAUGUUUGUGGAGUAGCUUCUUGCUAUGCUUCAGAUUACUUGUCAGAAUUGGCUUCUGAAGAUAAUGAAGAUCCAGAGCAAUUUAAAGAAAGGGUACUGUUGGAAAUUGAAAGCGAGGGCCUGCAGAUUGCUACAGCACCUAGUUGUAAUGGCAAUGAUAACGAGGUCACUGAUAACCAUUUUCUUACAGCUGGUGUUGGAAUGAGCAUAAGCCUUACCCAUCGAGAAGUGGAGGAGAAGUCUAGACAAGAAUUUGAGCAGUGGAAGAAAAGACAAAAGGAGCUGGAAGAUGAGAAAAAGGAAAAGUGGAAAGCUGAGAGGGAAGCACAGGCAAGACAAAAUGAAGAGGAGCAUGCAAGAAGGGUGCAGCGUCAGGAGGAAUUGGAGGCUGAAAGAAUAAAGUUAGAGCUGCUUCGUAAGAAACACCAAGCAUCAAUAGAAGAGGAGUUACAGAAGGAGAAGAAAGCGUGGAGAGACAAAAUGAUGCAACAUGAGGAAGUGAUCAUGAAGCUGCAGCUGCAAAUGGAAGAGGGAAAAAAGGCCUUGGAAGAGAAGAAAGCAAAAGAAAGACAACACCUGGCAGAACAACAAAGGACAGCAGCUGUGAAGAUCCAAGCUACGUUUAGAUCAUUUUUGGUUCAUAAAAAGUAUGCUCCCAUCUUAAAGGAAUGGAAAGAUGAAAUAAAAAAGAAGCAGAAAAUGCUGGAAGAGAUAGAGAAAGAAAUGAAAGAAAAAGAAGAAAAAUUGAGGAGGCGAAUGGAAGAAAAUUGGCAACAGAAAGCAGAGUUAAAACAGAAACAAGAAGAAUUUGAAAGACAGGAACAUUUGGACCAGGUGAGGAGAGGUGAGGAAUAUGAGAAAAAGAAAGAAAGCCUGAGACCUGAACGAGAAAAACAGCUGCAAAUAAGAGAAGAACAGAGGAAACUAGGAGAGAAAAGUGGGGAAGCUGUGGUGAGCAAAAGGGAAGAAAAUAACCAAGAAAACACAAAAGAGGAUGAGCUGAUAGAAAGCCCAAAAGCAAUAGAGCAGAAGAAGGAGCUAAACAUGCAAGCAGAGGAACAAAGAGAGAAACAGGCUGAAAUGAUGGAUGAAACAAAUAGUUGGAGGCUUCCAGCAGGAAGAAAUUUGACACCAACACCAAAAGAACCCGACUCUGAGAAGAAGGAACACGCUUCUCAAGUCAAUGCCGAGAACAUAUACACGAAUUCAGUAACACAUGUAGAAGAAAAUUACUUACAAACUAAGGACUUUAAUAAAGCUCCAAAUAGUCCUGCUUCAAAGGAUGAAGCUGUUAAUUUUGGAGCCAGUGACUUGGCAGUAAGUAAAGCAAACAAUAUGUGCAGCAGCCCCCCAAAUACCCAGCCAGAUGCUAGUUGUAGCGAAGUCACAGAUCAAUUUUCUCAGUCUGAAACAAGGAAGAGUGCUGUGUUUCUAGUGGAAGAUGCUAAUGAAGAAGUCAGAGAGACCUGGGACGUAACUCAAGAUGUAGUGGAGUGUUCCAGUAGACUAAUUCUUCCUGAUAUUGAAAAGAAGAGAAUAAACUGGAUGAACACAUGUAAAUCUUGGUCUAAAAUACAGGAAGAAAACCAAAGCAAGCAAGUAACUAGAAAGAAGCAACCAAGGAAAAGGUCAGGACACAAGAUGCCCCCAUUAAGUACACAAAAGAUAAUUCAUAGUGGCCCUUGGAGUACUCUGCAGCAGGUGACAACACUCACACUUGAAGAUUUGCCAGCUUGCAGUCUCUCAACAUUGUCUCAGUGUUCAAGUCUUCAAGUUUUGACUCUGAGGCGCUGUGGACUUGUAGCACUGGAAGGACUGAGCAACUGCAAAGACCUGAAGUAUAUCAAUGUGGAGGAAAACCACAUUCAGAUAAUUAACUGUGACCAUCUAGAAAAUCUCUGUGUUCUGAUUCUGAAUAAAAACCACCUUACAUCAGUUUAUGGCUUAGAUGACUGCAUCAAGCUCCAAAAUCUUGAACUUUCCUACAACAGAAUCACUCACAUUGGUGGCCUGGAGGCAUUGAAGAAUCUUCAGCAAUUAAUUUUGGACCACAAUCAGUUAAUCAGCACAAAAGGUCUUUGUGAGGCACCUACUCUCAUUCACCUGGACUGCUCCUUCAAUCUUCUCACCCAAGUUGAAGGCAUUGAGAACUGUGGCCUGCUGCAGAUCCUGAAGCUGCAAGGCAAUAAUCUGCAGGAGCUUCCAAGACUGGAAAAUCACGUUCUCCUAAGAGAACUGUAUUUGGAUGACAACAGCAUUUCUGCUGUCAGAAUGCUUUCUUUGUAUUGGCUGCCUCUGCUGCAGAUUCUUUUGCUAUCUCAAAAUAGAUUGACUGAGCUGGUGCCUUUAAAUUCUUUGAUGUCUUUGGAAAAGCUGGAUAUUGAAAAUAACUGCUUGGCAGACCUUAAAGGUGUCAUUACAUGGCUAAGAGGCUGUCAUAAACUGAAGGAGUUGUCACUCAGAGGAAAUCCUCUUCUCCAGGAAAGGAGUUGGAGGAGCUCUCUGUGUGAAGUCCUUCCUAAUUUACAGUUUCUUGAUGGUGAAAUCUUAAACUCUCAUACAUUACCCACAACUGAAACAACUGAAGGAUCAGAAUCAAGAGCAUUUCAGGAACUUUGUCGAGUUCAGAUUGAAGAAACUGUUCAAUUGAAGGAACAGGCUGCUGAACUGGGGCUUGCCUCUUCUGUUGGUUCUGCAGAGGGACAAUGCUGGUAUUUGAAUCAGUUGAUGAGACUGAGUGUUAAACAUCGCUACGAGCACGAGCACGGGGAACGGAGCAUUACUGACAGAGAUGGCCCAGAAGCACUGCAAAAUCAUUUAAAGCAAACAUCCACUGGCUGCCUACAGGAAAAUAACCUCUUUAUCAUGGGUGUGACAGAAAAUAAACAAGUCUCGUUGGAUCCUUCUGAAAGAUGGAUUACCGCUGGCCGUAUUCAGGCCACAUCCAUUAACUCCUCCAUACCUGUGCACCAAAAGGAAAAUAAAGAAGACCAGAGAGUCAAGCAGAAGAGCACUGAAUCGUGUAUUAAUUACAGUGGGGAGAGCAAAGGCAACAAUAACUUGUCAGCCCAGCUCACGGUGCAACAGUCAGUGGUAGCAGCAAGGAAUACAGGAAGGGAUCUUCAGGAUUUUGAGAGUGAUACAGAAAGGGAUCUUCAGGAUUUUGAGAGUGAUGCAGAAAGGCUGCCUAUGGCAGCAUCCAUGACCCAGUCCCUUUGGCGGCAGUACCAGGCCAAGAGGAAAACUGACUCCGGCAAAACAGAGAAUCCUUGGUUUAUGGAAGCUCUGAGACGGAAGCAUGAAGCUGCCACACUAAUCCAGGCAUUUUGGAAGGGUUGCCUUUUGCGAAAGAAACUGGCCAGGGCUCUCGCAGCUGUUAAAAGUGAUGAAGUGGAGGAUGACUAUGAAGAAAUAGAGGUGGAUGAGUUUACCUUUUCUGAAACUGCAUUAGAGAAGGAAUGGCUAACUCCAGGUCCCACCCGUUUCCCUUUGAAAACACUCCCGCUCUCAAACCAGCUGCUCUGGCCAAAGAAAUAUUCUGGGCCUUCAAAUUGCAGUGAACAUUCAAAUAGCUUGCCAUUGUCACCACAGCGUCUCAACAGACCACAUUCAAGACAAAAUAUCCACUUUCACAGCAGGUCAGAGGAGGCAACAAUAUCCCAGCUUUCCGACUGGAAGGAAAACAAGAAAUCUUCAUUCAUAACUGAAAAAGAAGAGCAAAUUUCAGAAGAAUGGGGCUUUAAGGAGAUUUCUACUGCGCAGCUAAUGCUGAAGAGGGCCCAGAAAAUGAAGCCUAAAAGACAUAGUAAUAAAAAUUCAAACCCAGCUGUGCGCCUGGCGUUGUUCAGAAACAGUGAAAAUAAAUAUCUCCCUGUGAAACCACCAAGGAAGACACAGCCUAUAAAUGUUGGGUACUUUGAAGGUGAAAAAGAAGAAUUUUCUCAGCUGGAUAUUACUUUAGAGGAGAAAUUACAGAGAAGAAAUGACUUUACAUACCAAUGGCUUCAUACACAGCUUUUGGAUUAUGAAACAACCAGUUCCAAGGAUGUGAAGAGCAGUCGUUUUUUGCCUGAGUUAGAUCCUGCGAUACGUGACAGUAGACAAGUACAACUUGUGGCAAGCCCUGUAAGCAGAGAAGACACGGAUUUAGACCUUGUUUCCAUGGCCAGUGGAAGUGCUUUGACUGAGAACAGAGAAAAAAAUAAGCAGCCACACAGACACUCAGCGAGAUCUUCAAACAAGAACAUAUCCACUCCAGAGAACUCAGGCUUGGGUCCGCCUCGUAAAGAACGGAUUUCAUUUCGAGACCAUCCAGUGCAGCUCAGCGGAGGAUGGGGAGCAGGCAAAAAAAAAGGCAAAAGUGUUAAAAAAUAUUAG